CCGAGGGACAGCGACUCAGACCAGCCUUAGGAUCAUGGCAGCACUCGAGCUAAGGUCAACAUUUGCAAAGCAUCUCGACGUGGAGGCACUCUACAAGACAGACCCACCAAAGUUUGGACAUGAUAUGCACAAAGUAUUUGGGUUCGAUCCCAAGUAUAUCAAUCUAAAUCAUGGAUCUUAUGGCUCUCUCCCGCUCCCAGUGAGAGCAGAAUGCGACAGGCUCACAUCCGAAAUCGAGUCAAGUCCUGAUAGAUUUCUCCGUCUGAUUGGCAUAAAUCACCUCAACGAAGUGCGCGAGCGCAUCGCCAAAUUCAUAGGUGCCAAUACAGACGAAAUCGUCAUCGUGAAUAACGCUUCCCAUGGGAUCGGUACUAUCUUGAGAAACAUCGAAUGGCACAAAGGCGACAUCAUCCUUGGAACGACGACGACCUAUGGUGCGGUCUCUCAAGCGAUCAAAUAUCUCGCUGAUAUCCCACCCAAUCCUGAUAUUUCAACCUUCAAUCUCCAGUUUCCUAUCUCUCACUCGGAGAUUAUAAUUGCGUUCCGUGAACACAUCCGCAAGCUCACUCAACGCCCCGAUGCUCAGGAUUAUCCUGAGCGAAAGACAGUUGCGGUAAUCGAUAGUAUUGUCUCAAACCCAGGUGCUCGUCUUCCAUGGAAGGAGAUGGUUAGUAUCUGUAAGGAAGCUGGGGUAUGGACAGUAGUGGAUGCUGCCCAUUCCAUUGGACAAGAGCCCAACAUCAAUUUGUCAGAGGCACAACCGGAUUUCUGGGUGUCUAAUUGUCACAAAUGGUUGUUAUCCAAGCGUGGCUGCGCAGUCCUCUAUGUACCGCAUAGAAAUCAACAUAUCAUCAAAUCUCCAAUACCCACACCAGUCACAUACCUAUCUCCUCACGAUGAAGAUUAUCAUGGCCCUGAACUAUUUACAAAGAUGUUCGAAUGGACUGGGACGAUUGAUUUCGUGCCCUACUUCAGUGUCACAGCAGUUUUUGACUUCAGGAAAUGGAUAGGAGGAGAAGAAAAGAUAUACGAAUAUUGCCAUAAUCUUGCCUUGACAGGCGGAAAGCGUCUCGCACAAAUCAUGGGAACAAGCGUGAUGGAUGAGGAUGGAGAGCUAACGUAUAACAUGGUCAAUGUAGAACUCCCUAUACCAGGGACCAUCCAACCCACCAGUGAAAUCGAUGCUUUGAUCAAAACAAGGUUGUUGUUGGAUCGGAAUAUGUACGCAGCACAUUUCCACCAUAACGGGAAGUGGUGGACCAGAUGUAGCACUCAAAUCUGGAACGAGAUAUCCGACUUUGAGGCCUUAGGGGAGGCAUUCAACGAUAUUUCGCUUGAAGUCGUAAAGUCUGCUGGCAAUCAGCAUGUUACUUGUACAACAGAUAACAGGUGUAUUGUAUCGUGAACGUUAGCUCUCGAGAGUUCUAAUUUCACGAAGGCCAACCUCUUGACCGUUGCAGACUCACAGUAUCGUUAUCGAUAGCGCACAUAGUCCGCUUCGCAAGCCCACGAAAUUUUAUAAGAACUUACUUAUCAAUGAGUCGAGUUUGUGUACACGAGCCUGACAGUAUCCCUUCUCAUAAUCCUUGUUAAUAGGAUAAGCAGGGACUACAUGCGACAUCUAUACUAUAACGUUUGUUUCAUAUGUCCUGUCUAUAUUUUCAUACUUUUCUGGCUUAUUAAAACCCUAUUCAUUCCACUCGUCGACUCUUCCUCCUCCUAUAAAAGCUCCUAUAAACAAUCCUUUCCAAGUCUAACGAAGCUAGAAUGCAGAUUAUUCGUACAGUUCC